UUGAAACUCAACAGCAGUGAAAACUGUGUUGCUCAGCAAGUCGCUGUGGAUAAAGCUCUAGAAAUCAUGUUUCUGACUUUCCAAUGCAAAUCUUUUAGGAAAGGCUGAUAUUUUCAUGACUCAAGCAGCAUGGAAUAGGAGAGUGCAACAUGGAGCAGCUUUGAGGAGACGUGAUGGCCGCUGGUGUUUCACACAUGGGCUGCUGAUAGCUUUGGAGGUCUCUCCCAGUCUGUUUUUCCCAGCAGCUCUUGUGCACAGGAUUCUGGGAGGCUAGUGAGCCCUGCUCCACUUUCCUCUUUGACUUCCUGGUUCACAGCCACAAAUAAGCAAUAUUUCUUGUGUUUUACAGACACAAACCCAGUCUAGAUUGGCUCCCGUGCUCUGGCAGUCACUCUGCACUUGUACACGCCGGUCAGUGCUGAUGAUGAGGGAGCCAGCCACCACCAGACCAAGGCAUAGGCAAACCCGGAGAUAAGCUCAUAAGGGGCCUUUACUGUCCCUAGGAUUCCCAUUCCUAAUGAGAAUGGGCAGAUUCAGACCCUGCCUGUGGUUCCUCUUGUGUGGGUGCUUGGCUGGGUGGGGGAAGGGGACAGACAGAGGAAGACCUUUGGGACUGGAUCUUACUUCCCAGGCAGUCUCAGAGAUUGAGUUCUUGGCAAGAUGGAGAAGCUGUGAGGUGCUGACUUGCAGACUCUUGACUCCCACUGGGAAGGCCGGGUACCCUGCACUCCUUCUCAAGAGCCCAUUUUAACCAGACGAGAGAAAUUUUCCAAAGACCCUUAGAUCUUGUCCAAGGGCCAUGUAGGAAGUGGUAGAACUGGGCCCAGACUAGCUCCUUGCCUGGCAAGUCCAUGUACUUCACCACUGCCUUCCAGAGAGGGCGUGGGAGCAUUCGAGUUGAGAGCCAGAAGCAUGAUUUGGUGAAAUGGCAGAGACAAGAGGUAUGGUGAAGUGUAAUGAAGAAGGAGUAUUUUGGUCACAGGCAUCUUCUCUAAAUUUAAGUAGCAUUUUAAAAAGUGAGAAACAAUCAUGAUAUGGUAUCUAAAAGUGAAAAGAGCCCUUGGCAUGGUCUGGGAGAGUAUAGCUACCAGUUACUUCAUGAAUCAGUCACCAGGAACUAGUAUGUGCACAGGAGCAGGAUGCUAGAAGGAAGGCCAUAGCGCUCACAUGACACACUGAACUAGAGUGGGCUCGAACACCGUGUAGGACUUGCAGGGAGCAGCUUGUGGAAUGAGGAGAGCUGCAGGGAGCUCACUGUGCAGGGAGCCUUCUUAGCUGGGGGCUCUGCCCGUCUUGGUUCCCGCCUGGCAGUGGCCUGCUGUCUGUCAUCCCUUUACCCAGUGUUUGCUGCUGCCCUUCAGGAUGCUCCCAGGAGGCAUGGCACUCAGCAGAGCAAUCCACCCAGAGUAGCACAGCUGGCAGGGGCAGGCUGUCAGUGGAGCCCAGGCUCUAAUUCCUGGCUCACUUGUUAACUAGGAGCCCUGCAAAGGGGCUUGCCAGAGAGGUGAGGACGGGAGCAAUACCUGUGAACCCUGGGCCAGAUGCUGCCACGACUCCUUCCCUGGCGUCUGAGGACUGGCUUUGAAUACCCCCAGGAACGUGAGCGUAGCUUCUCACAAAUCUAGCGGCAGGACCUGGAGCUGUGUUCUGCUAGCUAGAGAGUGGCCUCCUUCCUUGCCACCUAGUUUACAGAUGACCUUUCAGAGUAUUAUGCCCAUUCAUUUAUUCGUUGUUGUUUUUUGCUUGUUUGUUUUUUGAGAACGGGGUAGCAGCCACUGCUGACCUCAAAUUUUCCUGCCUCAGCCUCCUGGCUGCUGGGAUUACAAAUCUGAGCCACCAUAUCUGGCACCAGUUUUAAAAUAAUGAUGCAUUUUUGAAGCUCAUUUCCUUAGAAGUAGGAGCUUUGAAGUACCACAGUCCCAUCACCCAGAAAUCACCGGGAUCAUUAGGUGACCACAACUAUAGAUGGCAUUCUCUGAGAUCCUAUAGGGGCCACUUGGAGCCAUCAACAACAGACUCACUAGAACCAUCUUCUUUUAAACUUUGGUGAAUUAUUUAUUUUGCUUCAGUAGGAGAUGUGCAGUUUCAGAUAGAAACACAGGCUUCUGAGAGCUGCUGCCGAAGCUAAGAUUGUAAGCUGAUGAAAACCCAAGUCCAGAGACCCCGUUAACCAGGCGCUGAUGCUCUCAGUGUGCAGGGUUCCCGCCUCCUGAUGGUUCACAAGGCACUGCUGAGUUUGCUGCGUUCACUAGCGUUUGUUGAGCCCCUCCUGAGCCAGCAUGCCAGGCCCUGUUCUCAGGACUACCCGUGUGGAUUCUGGGCAGAUUCCAAGUUGCUGUCCUGUGUUGUCAUUAGCUCAGCACGGUCAGCCCUGCUUCCCCGAGGCGUCGUGUCUUCUGGCUAGGUUCUGGGUUACUCUGCUCUGACCCUGUGUCUGCAGUUUUUGCCUGCGAUGUAUAGCAUGGUGGAUCUUCAUACUGCACAGCAGCCUCUGCCCGUCCCUUUUUGCAAAGGGACUAGAUGGCACGUUUUCUUGAGGAGAGGAUAAGGGCUGUGCUGUCUGAAGGGUCGCUUGGCUGGCUUUCCAUCUCAGAACAGUCACCACCACCUGUGCUCCCAGGCUGGACCUUGUCUUCUCUGGUUUGACGAUAGUGACUAAUUGCCCACCUGUCCAGAACACCUCUCGAUCCAGGCAGGCCUCUGCGAGGCAGAUUUUUCUGUGCGCUGCAGGCUGAAGUUGGCCUGCAGAGUAGGGAGAGCCUCUGUCAUGUUGCUGGCUUUACCUUCUUGUUUUGGCGGUGUCUGAUACCUGUCCAUCUUUGGAUGCCUUGUUCUGACCCCUGACUUUUCCCGCAUUAGGGACAUGUUCCCUCUGGUUUUUCUGUGGAGCUGGCAAUGAGAUGGCUUUCUCGUCGUCUUUAUUUUUCCCCUUCUGGGUUUGCUGUUCUUAUGAUGCCAUCCUGUGCACAGCACACUUCCCCUCACUGCUUGUCGUAGUCCUGACUUGUGUGAAUAUGUUCCUAUGGGAGCAGCCCCCGGCCCCAGUCCAUCUACAGUUCUGAAAGUCUGCCUGUGCCACGAGGAUCACCAGAUACUGGCAGCUGAGGUGCAUGCAGACUGAGCUAGGGAGCUGUCUUGUUGGGACCGGGAUUCUGCUUUGAGUUGUUUCAGCUUUCCAGGGCUCAGUGCUCUUGGCUUAUCCCUGGACUUCCUAGAAGGCCUGGAGGCCUCUUGUUUGCAGUCAGCCCCAGGGGACAGAGAUGCUCCUGGGCUCCAGCACUCAGUCUGCAGCGCAGGAAUGCUUCUCCCCAGGGUUUCCUUGCCUGGGGCUGCUGUUCCUGUCUGGCUGCUGUUUUCCCUUCCAGCCCCAACAUCAGCACCAGCCCUUUGGAAGGUGGUCCCUGGCAACUCCUCCUGAGCCUGAGCCACGCAGCAUCAGUUUGUGUUUCUUCAUAGCCCUGGUUGUUUAUUCAUUUGCCCUCCAUGAGGAAGCCCCUUCCAGGAGAGCAGAGUGAGAGCGAGGGCCUCCUUUUGUCCGGUCUCGCUCACUGGUCUCCAGUACCUGCCGCACAGUAGGUCCUCAGUAAAUGACUGGAGCACGCAGGUCACUAAGCACUGGCAGAAACCUCUGGGCCUUUUGGGUUGUUUUCCUUUCCUCUCUUAAUUCUUGCCCUUGCUUUCUACAUUUUUGAUACAUUUCCAUUCUGAAGGAGUCCUUGUUUCUUAUGAGGUUCUUUCUGUCAUCUUGUGUCUUGGCCAGGGGCAUGACUGCAGUGGGGCGUGUGCAUGGUGGAUGGCAGUGAUGCAAGAGUGACCAGUGUCUCUCAGGAGCACGUACAGCCCAAGUCUGCAGGCAGCUGUAGAGCUAGUCUGCACAGUUUCCGGUCUUGCACCUGUAAGGAGGCUGGGCAGCUGGGCUCUUGGGGUGGGGUCUGAUCCAGUGCUUACUCCUACCCAGCUCCCUGUUCAGUGCAUGGAAUUGUGGGAUAGGUUUUUAGGGGCCCUGGCUUUGCAAGUGGGCUGAGGACCACCUGGAGUGACUUCCUAUAGUAGUGACCUGAGAGGAACCCAAUCCAAAGGACCUGCAGAAUGUGUCUGCCAAGCCAGAGGGACCUACGCCGGGCUAGCUUUACGGUAGAGGCUCUGAGAGGUGGGGUGCCGGCGGAGAUGCAGGCCUCAGGGUGCCUUCUGCUCGACUUCGGUGUGCCGUGGGAAGAGUGCUAAAGCUAGAGUGUGUUAGGGUUUGGGGAUCAGGUUAUAAAAGCAAGAACUUACUGAAGAAGAUUUAAAGGCUCACAGAAAGAAGCUGCCCUCAUUCCCUCCCCGCUGCUGACUGGCUUCAUGAGGAAAUAAUUGACUUUUAUAACUUCAUGUCCCCUUGUCCUGAAGAGGCAGCCAUGAGAAGGGAGGUAGUGAAACGGAUCGAAACUGUGGUGAAAGACCUCUGGCCGACAGCUGAGGUGCAGAUAUUUGGCAGCUUUAGUACAGGUCUCUAUCUUCCAACAAGUGACAUAGACCUGGUUGUCUUUGGGAAGUGGGAGCGUCCUCCAUUACAGCUGUUGGAACAAGCCCUUCGGAAGCACAACGUGGCCGAGCCGUGCUCCAUCAAAGUCCUUGACAAAGCUACCGUGCCAAUCAUAAAGCUCACAGACCAGGAGACAGAAGUCAAAGUCGACAUCAGCUUUAACAUGGAGACUGGUGUCCGGGCGGCUGAGUUCAUCAAGAACUACAUGAAGAAGUACUCGCUACUGCCCUACUUGAUUUUAGUGUUGAAGCAGUUCCUCCUGCAGAGGGAUCUGAACGAAGUCUUCACGGGAGGCAUCAGCUCCUACAGCCUCAUCUUAAUGGCCAUCAGCUUCCUGCAGUUACAUCCAAGAAUUGACGCCCGGAGAGCUGACGAAAACCUCGGAAUGCUUCUUGUAGAAUUUUUUGAACUUUAUGGAAGAAAUUUUAAUUACUUGAAAACUGGUAUUAGAAUAAAAGAAGGAGGUGCCUAUAUCGCCAAAGAAGAGAUUAUGAAAGCCAUGACCAGUGGGUACCGACCGUCGAUGCUGUGCAUUGAGGACCCCCUGUUACCUGGAAACGAUGUCGGGCGGAGUUCCUACGGGGCCAUGCAGGUGAAGCAGGUGUUUGACUAUGCGUAUAUCGUGCUCAGCCACGCUGUGUCACCGCUCGCCAGGUCUUACCCGAACAGGGAUUCUGAAAGUACUUUAGGAAGAAUCAUCAAAGUCACCCAGGAAGUGAUUGACUACCGGAGGUGGAUCAAAGAAAAGUGGGGUAGCAGAAUCCUCCCGUCUCCAGAGCUGGACAACAGGAUUAAGAUAAAGGAGAGAAUCAACACCUGCAAUGGGGAGCAGAUGAAGAGCCGGGAGCCCAGCUCCCCUUACAGCCAGCGCCUGACUCUGUCCCUGUCCAGUCCCCAGCUGCUGUCCUCAGGCUCCUCUGCUUCUUCCGUGUCCUCGCUCUCUGGAAGUGAUAUUGACUCAGACGCGCCAGCCUGCACCACACCCAGUGUCUGUCAGUUCAGCCUACAAGCACCCACCACCCUGAUGGCCAGCCUGCCCACAGCCUUGCCGAUGCCCAGCAGCAAACCUCAGCCUGCUGCUUCCAGAACAUUGAUCAUGACAACAAACAAUCAGACCAGGUUUACUGUCCCCCCGCCGACCCUCGGAGUGGCCCCUGUUCCUUGCAGACAGGCUGGUGUUGAAGGAACCACAUCUCUGAAGGCUGUUCACCACGUGACUUCCCCAGCCAUCCCCUCGGCGUCCCCCAAUCCACUGUCUAGUCCUCACCUGUACCACAAGCAGCACAGUGGCAUGAAACUGUCCAUGAAAGGCUCCCACAACCACACCCAGGGUGGAGGCUACAGCUCUGUGGGCAGCGGGACCGCGAGGCCCCCUGUUGGCAACCGAGGCCACCACCAGUACAACCGCACCGGCUGGAGGAGGAGGAAGCACGCGCACACGAGGGACAGCCUGCCUGUGAGCCUCAGCAGAUAAUGGCUCCUGGCUGCCCCCGCCCCAGACUGCCCAUAGGCCUCGGGCACCGCAGGGAACCCAGGCCAGCAUCCAGCACCUCCACCGUGGGCUGCCGAGCCGCCCAGCACUGGUCACUCUGCAUGUUUGUGUGGUGGCCGCAUCCAUCUUACAGAGCAGCUCCAUGUGCUCAUCUGUGAAGCCUUACUACAUGUGGAUGUGCGUCUGCCUGCCCAGAAGUCUUCGUCCGCGCCCACCAGGGCGGCUCAGGAGUGGCAGGGGCCGGGUGUGCUCGUGCGGGGUUCUGCAGCCGUGUCCGCCUGCCCCAGGCAGAGGAGCCAGGCCCUGCCGCGUGUCUGUCUCAUGGGAGUGUGCGGCCGCCGUCUUACUGCCCUCAUGUCUUGUUUGAGACUUCGGGACUGUUUUUCUAUGUAAAUAUUGAAAACUUAUGAUUUGUGCAAUAACUCAGAUAUUUUUUAUUUAAUUUCAUAUUUUCACAUAAGUUAUAUUUAAGGGAGGAGGGAAUUUUUUUUAAACACGCUUAGAUCCUUUCCCAAUUUGCAUUUUCUAAGUUGGGUUCCUCGUGUUGGCUGGUUGUCUGUUAAACGUCAUUACAUGAACACCGUGAGGAGGGGCUUGUGGGCUUUAUUUUUUACGUCUUUUCUUUUGGUCAGAUGCAGUGAAGGGGCCAAGUCAUCUUGAUGGUUUUGUGAGGCGCUCAGCUCCCAGGCCUCCAGUGCAUACCUGGCAGCCUUGCUGUAGGCCUUGGGCUGUGUCCUGCUCUGACCACAAGUUCUGACAUUUUGGUUUGGGUUUUUAAAAACUAGACAGCAAAUCCAGCAUUUAAAGUGCCAGAAGUAAAAACCUCUAAGGGGAGAAGAGGUUGUCACAUCGUACAAAUCGUAAAGUAUUGUGACUGUGGACGUGCUUCGGUCCGUUAAGUGAUGCGGUCUAGAGCCGUGGGCCUGGUGAGUAUCAUCACAGACAAUGGCACCCAGAUUAGGAAUGUGGAGAAAGGAAUUUCCUUGAUUCCGUUGAGGAAUCUGCAUAGCGGUAUGCACUCGUUCUGUUAAGAGCAAAUAUCUGAAAAGUACCUCCGCUGUUCAGGGCACGCGGGGAGUCUAUUAAUGUAUCACAGGAGAGCACAGCCCAGCGUGGGCCCGGGAGCGGCUGGUGCCUGGCGUCAGAAGCAUACAGGUAUACUAUGCAAGUAGUCUGCCGCAACAACCACUGUCUUCGUUACUGUUUUUGGACAAGAAUCUAUCCAUCACCUAACCCCGAGUCUCUGAAGCACCACAGUUGUCCUGGGAGUGCUUGCAUCUUGUAGGCCCUCUGGCUUCCGUUUCUAAAAUGGGGCUCUGGCCCUGCGAAACACUACAGGUAGGUCGGUCUUUAGGUUCACUAGUGGAGAAUGUCAAGACAAGAAGCUGAUUGCCGGGACUUGUGAUUGACACGCAGCAGUGGGGGUUGUAGGUUGAUGUCUGAAUGUGAUGGACGCCUAGCCAAGGACAGAUUCUGCGUGUCUGGGUCUGCCUCUCGCUGCUGUGGUGGGGCCACUGCCUAUGGGAGACAGUCCAGAGCAGAGUAAAGUAGCACAUGGGGUCUGCAGUUCAUGAGGAUUGGAAUCAUCCAAAAUAUUUAAAACUAUUUAAAUUGUGAAACCUGUUGCUAAAGAAUAUUUAUGAACACUGGUCCAUAGGCCUGUACUAAUCACACAUUAGCAAUAUUGACUGUAUCUGCAUUAAGGAGCCACCGUGGGGCCGUGUGAGUGACCCGCAGAUGUGCGUUUUAAAGUACUAUCCCAGGCACAGGUAUGUGUCCAUCCCCCUAAUGGUGAACCAGAUGAAUUGGCCUGGCUACCACUGUGGCCACAUGCUACAGUUUGACAAAAAGAUCAUGUUUCAAUUUUGUGUGUGGACAACAAUGUGGACACUAAAAUUGACAUAUUUUUAUGUAAAGUUUUUUCUAUUCUUUGAUUUUUAAUAAACUUUAGAAACCA